AUGCCGGCGGGCUGGAGCAUGCAACCGCCCACGGACGAGCGGCCCGGGCGUGUGGGGCUCUCCCCGAGGGCCGCGGGCGGCAUGGACAGCGGGCCGGCCACUUGGCUGCACAUCUACAUCCUGGACUACCUGAGGAAGAAGAAGAUGGUGCGAUCGGCGGAGACGUUCUGCGCGGAGGCGGGCUUGGAUAUGUCCAACACAGCCACCCAGGUGCCCGGCCUUUGGGAGUGGUGGCUCCAGAUGUGGGAGGCGCGCGUGGCUUCGAGAGCUCAGCCCGCCGGCGACAUGGUCCUGCGGGCGCAGCAGCCGGAGCUGUCCUCCCUGGGCGGCGAACUGGGCAGGGAGGCACCCACCAGGGUGAUGACCGAGCAGCAGAUACAGCAACUGCUGUUCCUUAAGAGGAAGCAGGCGCAAGCCCAGGCACAGGCACAGCAGGCCGCCCAGGCACAAGCUCAGGCCCAGGUUCAAGCCCAGGUUCAAGCUCAGGCCCAUGCCCAGGUGCACGCGCAAACCCAGGUCCAUCAGGCCCAGCUGCAAGCUCGCCAGGCCCAAAUACAGGCUCACGCUCAGGAUCAGGACUGUGCUGCGGGCCUGCUUGGCCAGCAGCACCAGCAGCAGGACAUGGGCGUCAGCCCCUGGGGCCAGCAGGCGCACUACCUGCUUCAGCAAGACCAGAGGCAAGAGCUGCUUGCUGGGAUGCAAGGUGCGCCUGGGAUUGUUGUAGGGAAGCAGGGAUGGUGGAUGAGCAUCAUCCAUGGCAGGACGUGUUCUGGGUGCCAACGAGCUGGAUUGUCUUCAGGGCAGGGCUGCUAUUGUUUCGUUCCAGCAUAUAUAUCUUCAACAUACAGUUGUUUUGCAGAACCGUGUGGCACAUCUUGCAAGCAGCAGGCUGUGGCGACAAAGUGCUUUGUUGACUCUGUGUGUUUCUGUAUGUCUCUUUGA